CGACCGUUCGCUAUGGCUCAGUUUGCACUUUGAUCCGCCACACAGGAUGGCGACGUCGACAUCAACCCCUCCGGGCGCGUCCUCCAUCUAUAAGUGGGCUAGCCAAGCCGACGGCGAGUUCAAGCGCCAAGUUUCUUCUUUCCGCAACUGGAUUGGAACCGACAAGUUCCCGGCCGAGAAGGGGCGUUACCACCUGUACGUGUCGCUGGCGUGUCCGUGGGCCCACCGGACGCUGAUUGUCCGGGCGCUGAAGGGUCUUGACCAUGUGAUUGGGUACACAGUGGUGGACUACCUCAUGGGGAAGGACGGGUGGCACUUCAGCUCCCCCGAGGACACCCCAGGCUGUAACUUGGACCCGUUCAACCAUGCAAAGUACGUGCGGGAGUUGUACUUCAAGGCCGAGCCAGAAUACACGGGUCGGUUCACGGUGCCGAUUCUGUGGGAUCUCAAGACACACACGAUCGUGAACAACGAAUCCAGCGAGAUCAUCCGCAUGUUGAACGCCCAGUUCAAUGCGUUGGCCACGCAUCCCACGCUCGACUUGGCGCCGGCGGCGCUGCUGUCGGACAUCGACGCCAUCAACGAAUGGAUUUACCAUGAUAUUAACAACGGCGUGUACAAAGCGGGGUUUGCCACCAAGCAGGACGCGUAUGAGAAGAACGUCGUGGCGUUGUUCGCGGCAUUAGACCGGGUUGAAGCGCACUUGGAUGGCAGAGUGUGGUUGGUCCAGGAUCAGUUGACCGAGGCGGAUAUUCGGCUGUUCACGACCAUUGUACGGUUUGAUCCAGUGUACCAUGGCCACUUCAAGUGCAACCUGAAAACGAUUUCGUCCGAUUACCCCAAUUUGCUCCAACACGCUCGUCGCUUGUUCCAAUUGCCGGGGGUGGCGGCCACCGUGGACAUGACCCAUAUCAAGCGCCAUUACUAUAUGAGCCACAUUCAAAUCAACCCGACGGCUGUGGUGCCGUUGUGGAACGGCCCGGACCUAGCUCAUCCCAAGGUCGAGAGCAAGAUCCAGUAGUUACCAAGCCAUCAAGCAUCUAUCUACUCGCUGCCUCCGAGUGAUACUAAUAUGACUCUGAACAGUGAUUAUGUACGACGCUAAAACCAAUGAAAACUGUGUUUGUUUUACAUUAAGAACGAAUGGAGUAGUAGUACUACAUCGUAAAUACUUCAAUAUACAUUCCUGUCCGA